AUGGCCGAUACUGAGGCCGAAGAGGAGGGCGCCAAAGCGGUGGAGCAGACCCCCGAGGAGCUCCCGAGGGUGCCAUGCCACCUCUUCCUCCCAGUGGUGCCAGCGGCCCGAGUCAUCGGAAAGCGGGGUGCUAACAUCAAGGAGAUUCGGGAGAAGAGUGGGGCGAUGGUCAAGAUCCUACAGAAGGAACUUCCCCAAGAGAUGCAGCGGCGGGAGGACCGUGUCGCGGCGAUUUCAGGGGAGCCCACGGCCGUGCGUGAGGCCAUCCUUGGCGUCUUAGAACGGGUCUUCGACCGCUCUGGUCUCCCGGACACAGCCGAUGCCCCUGUCCGCGAUCGGGGCUACAUCGUCGAGGUCCUUGUGCCCGAAAAAUGCGGCUCCCACCUUAUCGGUCAGAAGGGCGAGCGGGUGAAGACCCUGUGCCAGGAGACAAAAUGCGACAUCAGGGUGGGCCAGGACCCUGUGUGCGGCCUGGAGCAGAAGAAGGUUCGAAUCAGUGCCAGCAACAUCCAGGAAGCCUCCGCCGCGGUUUGGAGGAUCCUCGAGGUCUUGGGGGAGCUGGUCUCAGGCGGGGUCCUCAAGGUUCCUGAGCAUUUCGACCUUCGGGAAUCCGGAGGCUUUAGCGCAGGCGCAGGAGCCAGCCUCUUCAGCGCGCCACGCCCGGCGCGCGACAGGGACAAGAAAGAGGUGCCUGUGCGGCUCCUCAUCGCAAAGGAGGAUGCAGCGUGGAUUGUCGGAAAGAGAGGCAACAAAAUCGCUCGCCUCCGUGACCAUGCCAAAUCGAACAUGGGGGAGCUGUCAACCGCAGACACUGCCUCAAAUACCGAUGCCUCCAUUGCAAGGGACGUGCUUUUCUUCUUGGGCCGCAAGCCCAUGCCUGAGCUCAUCCAGUACAGCGAGGAGGAGCUGCGGAAUUCGGCCAUCAGUGACUUGGAGUCAAGGUGCUCCACACCGGUAUCAUCCAUACAGAGUCUGAGCACUGACGAGGUCGCAUAUGCUCUUCUGGUCGAGUCGAUCCUGUCGCGGGACCCAACGGGUCAUUCGGGAUUGACCGCCAUGAGCAUAGAAGACCAGCGGAACACACUCAUCGUGGCGAACAAUCAGAGGCUCCAGAACAAGUCAAUUGCGGAACUGCAGGCGUUGAAUUCCUACCAGAACAGUCGCUUAGCUUACGAUUGGCUUCUUCCAGCGCUUGCCAGCCACCUCAUCGACAGCAUUGGAAACCUGUCACUGGGCACAGCGACGUUCCAAGCGUCCGCGCUGAACAACAUCUCCAGUCCUCCAUCCACUGUCGGCAUGGAUGUGGCGUGCAUUCGUUUCCACGACAGAUUGAAGAAAUGGAUCGCAGUAUUCCACAAGCAACAGCCGCCUGACGAUCUCUUUGAUCUUUAUGUCGCCGUGGGCGAAAGCCCAAAUUCCCUGGAAGUGACGGCGGUUCUUCGGACCCAGGCCUCCAUGGGUCAGUUUUACUUCCUUGGGGACGGCGUGCUGCUCCUCUACGAGCAGAACAACUGUAGCGGGCCCUCAGUCGCAGCGUCCUACUACGAAAGGGUGGAAGAUUUCUUGAGUGGGCAGAGCGACCCGAAGACCUUUGUGUCCCAGCAGACCUUAGGCGGCAGUGCCGAAGGAACACCAUCGCUCACCGUCGUCGAUGAGACGGCAGAUGAGUUGACCAUCGGCAUGCACUGCUACAUAAGUAAAGGGGACACGAAGGUUGACCAGCAGGCGGUGGCAGUGCUUCGCGGGUUCCUUCGAGGCUCGAGCAAGGACUGGCAGUGGCAAGCGCAACUGCUCAAAGUGGUGAAUGAUUGGCUUCCGGAGGACGGCGUCACAGGGAAGUUGGGCUCAAGGAGUUCCUUCUACUGGGCCAAAGCGCGGUGGUUUAUCAUGGAAGCUCAGGGCGAGCUGGACAACUGGUACACUUGGAGGAUCUUUUUGGGUGAUGGGCUUGGGUUCGUAAAGGUACCAAUUCGCAUGGCAUCCAACUCCACCGCGAAUCCGGUCUUCACGACCUUCAUGAACUCCUCCGAGCGAGUGGCCGUCAACAUGGGCGAUGCGGAUGCCCCGCCAUUCGAUCCAGAGGAGCGGUUUCUUGACAUCUCUGCUGCUAGCCUCGAGGAGCGGCUCAAGGUGGUCCAACUCGUGCUCGAAGACCUCACUUCGCGGGCUGAGGCGGACAGCCAGAAACUGCGGCUCCUGGUCCCCACGGAGCUUUUCGGAUCGGUCAUGGGCCACCGUGGGGAGACCUUGCGCAACAUCAUCCAGACCAGCCGGGCCCAGGCGCCACGGGGUCGCAUCAAGGAAAGCGACCUCGAUCGAAGCCCUUUGCCUAUCCAGCCGACGGAAAUGCUCAGAAGGUCACUAUCUUGGGACCCAUGUGAGAUCGAGGAUGAAUGCAAGGUGGAAGAGCUCUUGGAUCUUCUUCAGGACGCGAAGCUCACGCCAUUUACAUUAUUUUGUAUCAGCGUGACGCCCACGCCCUGGGAGGAGGCCAGAGAGAUCGAGGCCUUAAAGCUAGUCUUCGGCAUGCUCUCGCAGCUCCGGAACCAGCCGGAGGUGCCUCCACUCCCACCUUUGCCCUCGAAGUUGGGGGUCCGCAGACCCUCGACUCUCGGAGCUAUCGGGAGCAAUAUGCCGUUGAAGAUCCCUACGGACAUUGAAAUUCCCUCAUUCGCCGACCGCAGCUUCACGUUUCCCACAGACCAUACUACGGACCAUGUGGACAACGUGGAGCACGUGGGCCCCGCAGCCUUUGACCAGCUGGACUACAGGGACCUCCUACGUUCUCUGACCUUGGGUUCGACGGGCUACGGCGAGACGGUGAGGUCCAUCUCCUUUGACAUGCCUGCCGGUGGAGGCUACGGUCAUAUACCUCCAGCCCCGCGUCUCCACCGCUUCCAUGUGCGCGGCAAAGCUGAAACCUUCGCCGAGGAUGGGAGAUCAUUCACCAAGAAGCAGAAGGGCCGGUUGUCUCUGGUGUCGGAGGAUCGCGUGCACAAGAAAGGUGUGGAGAGGUACCAGGUCUCCUUUCUCUCCGGGGAACUAAGCCGGGCAGAUGGCGUUGGUAUCAUCUUCUCGUCGCACCUGCCGAAGAACUCCGACAUCCAGCAAAUCGUGUCGGUGUUUCUGAACCGCACUGGCCGCCUGUGCAGCCGCGUGAACCAGCGCGUAAUCCGCAUUGCCUCCACGCUCCCGCAAAUCGAGCUGGGGGAUGUCAUUGAGGUGGAAAAUGACAUCGACAUGCGCUGCGCCACGUUCACCAUUUGGUCCGCGUCUGGUGCUGCCCCCGCCACGACAGUGGUCAGCUAUGUGCAGGUGGCAGAGCAGCUGACGGCUACGCCGGGCCAGUCUAUUCCUGGCCACCUUGCUGUAGUCGCACCUUCGCUCCAUCUGGUGAUCUUGUUUCUUGGGCCCCCAAAACCACGUAUAGAAAACUCCCAGCGGCUCCUGAGCCGGGUUUUUUGUGUCAUUUUAGAGUGUUGGCUAGGGCUUGGGGUGAGUCCUCCUUAUGCAGGCCGCUCCAUGCACUUGGUGUGGAGUUUCCAGCGGGUCUAG